UAUUCAUUUUUCACUUUCAUUUCCUCUCCAUACUCUUUUACUUUUCUUCUUUCACCGCUGCAAAUUCUGAUACAACUCUUAGUCUGUCUACACACUCUUCUCCUCUAUCUUUCCCAUCCCUCUGUCUCUCAGUUGCGUUUCUCACUUAUCUUCUCACCCUUUUUUUCUCUCUCCCUCAAACACUCUCUCUUUUGUAAGAAAGAGAGUGCUGAAAAAUAUAUAAGCCAUGGAAAUUGACCAGUUAAGGUCUGCAACAGAAGAUCAGAUGGAAAUGAUGAUGCUGAUGGACAAGCUUCCCGAGUUCUACGAUUCCUAUAACGAUGUUGCUGAUCGUUUAUCCCCAACAGAGUUUCUUGCUGCAAGUGCAAGUAAUAUUUCCAUCUCGCAUUUCAACACUGAUAACCCACACAAUGCUAGCUCACCUUCAUUUAUGAACCUACAAUCCACUCUAUCUUCUAAUAGUAACAGCACCCCAACUCAAGACCAAUCCCCGCAAGAUUUCUUUCCCAGUCCAUCUUCGUCAAGAUGGAGUGGUCUUGGUGAAUUACCGGAGGCAAAUGAUUAUGCUACACCAUCACAAAAGAAGAAUUCAAUGGCAACAAUGAGGGAGAUGAUAUUUCGAAUUGCCGCCAUGCAGCCAAUUCAAAUAGACCCAGAAUCAGUGAAGCCACCAAAACGUAGGAACGUGAAGAUAUCAAAAGAUCCGCAAAGUGUUGCUGCACGCCAUAGAAGAGAACGGAUAAGUGAGAGAAUAAGGAUACUUCAAAGACUAGUCCCUGGAGGGACUAAAAUGGACACUGCCUCUAUGUUAGAUGAGGCAAUUCAUUAUGUUAAGUUCUUGAAGACUCAAGUGCAGUCACUUGAGAGAGCUCAGGCUAAUAGGCCAACAACAACAACUGAGAUUGGAUUUCCUGUGGCAAUGACUAGCGGGAGUUACCUUCCAAUGGGAAAAGGAUAUCACCAACCGCCUGCUCGUCGUCGUCAAAAUGUUCAGAAUUAUGGUGAUGCUUAGCUCAUGAAGGGAGUGGUGAGCUGGAUUUUUAAAUGCAUUUUUCUAGUGAGUAGUGAUAUUAUUAGCUAGUGGGGUUGUAAAGAGCUGUCUUUAAUGCAUGGCUAUUUGUUCUAUCUUCAAAUGUCGAGGCACUGUGAUCCUUGUUGUAUUGACAUCAAUAAUUACAAUCUCUGAAUACAAUGUACAAAUGCUCAAAAUCUUAGGUGAA